CGACAAAACGUGUUUCCGUGCAGACAUCUGUCGCAUUGUAAAACUGAAAGGCUUGGUGAAGAGGUAACAGGACUAACAGGUGUGGUCAAGUGUACAUGUUACAAGAGUGUAUGGUCAAGCCCUAAAAGGUGUGGUCAAGCUGUAACAGGAAUGGUAAAACCCUGACAAGGAGUGGUCAAGCUAUCAAUACAUGCAAGAAAGUGACCAAGCAUUUUUCUCUUUUCAUAAUUGAUUUAUCUCAUUGGAUCAGGUGAAGAACUUGAAUUUCGAGACCUUGUUUUAGAAAUCGCGGGCCUGGUCAUCUUAUCAAGUUUCCGCAUUUCUUUCACAGCUGUUCAUUUCAUGCCUGGUGAAAAUAAAGGCAGCAGAUUUCCUGUGCUAGAUUCUGAGGAUUUCCUGGAGUUAACACAGUGAACAGAGAAGGCUGUACAGGUGGAUUAACAUGAGGGAGGAGCUUUGAGAUUUCUCCUGGAAGACUGUUCCGACCUUCAAGCGCCUUACGACACAGGAACACUUCUGUUCACCGAGGUUCUGAUACUUCAGGAAGUGGUGGGAUUCUAUCGAAUGUUUCAUCCCGAAGGUCAUAAGGUGGAUCUCAUAUUUUUAUGAAUAAUAAUAGAAGCAAAAAAUUAUUAUCAAAGGGAAAUAUUUCCUAUAUUAACCAGUGUUGGCUCUCAGCAAUGGAUGUAGCUGGCGAGUCGUGCGGUUGCCAGCAGAAAAUUUCAAAGCAGAGAGGAAAUAUUACAAGGACACUAAGUGUAUCAAUCAAAAUGGAAUUAUUUGUAUUUGUGAUACUGGCCAUACUUGGUAUGUGCUCUGGACAAAACAUGAAAGUGGACGUCGAUAGCCUCCUCAAUUCCUUGGAUGAAGGAUCGCGAAAAGUCCCUGUGGCUCUGAACUGGGGUAUAGCAGAUAGCUCAGCAAUUAUCGGGAAAAUGUUCAAUUAUGCGAUUCCUUCUGAUGCAUUCAAGGGAGACAUCAUUUCUUACAAGGUGACAGAAGCAGGAAAGGACACACUGCCAGCUUGGCUCCACUUCCAGGAGUCCUCCCGACAGUUGAAGGGUGUACCCAGUCCUUCAGACGUUGGCCAGCAAUAUCUCGAGGUUGUCAUUGGAGGUCACCACAACACACAAGCCAAAGAUGUUUUCUCAAUAUCGGUGACUGGGGAGAAUCCUGCGGAAUUUGUCAUGCAGUCCCCACCCAGUGAUUCAGGACGACCCAACACCGUCAGAUGUCGUCGCGACCUCCAUGAAACAGCCGUCACUGUUGUUUUAGAUACAGAUCUGGACCAUUUGAGUGCUCUGGAACGGAUCCAACUCAUGGAAAGUAUGACCAAAUUUCUGCCGCUCAACCUGGACAUGUUGAAACUACUUCCUGUGGGAAACAAACCUUUCAUUGACAACAACGCACUCGUUGCCGGACCAGGUGAUGUGAAAACUCCCACAAAAUCAGGAGCGUUACUGUCCUGGCUUGUUGGAUGUGGUGAGGUCAACAAGGAUCACAUGCCUGUCAUCAUGGAUGUCGAGCCUCGAGCCAAGGACGGUAGUAUGUCUAAAGCUCUUGGUCAGUCAAUCAUUGGCUGGCAUGUCACCAACACUGAGCAACAAGCCAAACUUCGACGCCGCAGACAAGCUAUUCGUGCGACGGCUACUCCUGGUCUUUCUCAAGCCCCUCCCACAGAUCUUCCUUCCCAAAGAGUACCAGUGAAGGACACAGAUACAUUGAUGCGGUCCGUUCCCAACAUGGAAUCCCCGAUGUUUACCCCAACAAAGACCGCAGACAUUAAGCCAACUAAGACGGCCGUAAUGCCAUCGGCCAGUCCGGAGGACCACGGACAUGAUCAUAGUCACAUGAUGACCAAACUACCAACGCUGGACACUACCACAAAGAAAGCCAUGACUGAUGGUGCUAUUACACCCUCGGCACAGCCUGAUCCUGAGCCUGAACCAGAACCAAGGGCAACCGAGAUCUUGCCUACGAAGACAUACACCAUGACUGACGCCCCAACAAAGAUUCCUAGGCCCGUCACUGAGGCGCCUCCUUACUGUCCACCCGACGACCAGCCCAGGAGUCCCUUCAAGAAAAACAGAAUGGGUCAAAUUUACUUCACUGCAGGACAGUUUGCAGAAUUCGCCAUUCAUGACGAUUUGUUCUUUGAUUGUAAAGACGGCAAUACCAGGAGCCUCAGGUUAGAUCUGUUUAAGGGAGACAAUGAAAUAUUGCCGGUCAACUCCUGGGUUGGACUAAAACACAAAGAAGAUGGUGCCUGGGUCAUACAGGGACUGCCGAUGAACCUGAACGAGGGAACAGAGAAAUACAGGCUGACAGCCAUGAACACCAGGGGAACAUCGCCUGCUGUUGAGGAGUUCACGGUUGUUGUGCUUACUCAAGAUGGUAUCUCUUAUGAAAAACCUAGUCAUGAAAUAGCUCUCACCCUAGAUAAUGACUUUGAUACUUUCGACUUCAAUGACAGACUGUUGCUGAUGAAGAAACUUGCUAGAUUAGCUGGUGACGGAAACCCAGACAACAUUGAAGUUCUUCGUGUCGCAAGGGGAUCAGUUAUAUAUGCCUGGACAAACUCUUCACUGCCAAGAGAUUCAUGUCCUGUUACAGAAAUCCAAAACAUGGCUGGGAAAUUUUUAAGAGAAGAUGGAACUGUAAGAAAAACUGCAAAGAACAGGCUUGCCCCAUACAAACUCAGUGGAAUGGAGUUGGCUCCAAAGGGAGCUUGUAUGAAUGAUCCUAAUUUCCCAACCCUCGGAGUCAAAAAGCAACCAACACCCGAGCCAGAACCAUCCAAAAAACCGGAUAGCCCUGAUGCUGAGCCACCCUAUAAGGUUGAGACAACUACCCCCGAACCCGAUGUAAACCCAGGCAAAGCUGCUCAGGGUGACGAUGACGAAGUCUGGAUCACAACGGUUGUACCCGCAGUAGUGAUAGUAGCUAUUUUACUCAUCGCUCUUCUCAUCGCUUGUAUUCUUUACAGGAAGAAGAGGAAGGGCAAGAUGUCUCUAGAGGACAAAAACACAUUCGUAAACAAAGGUGCACCUGUGAUUUUCCCAGACGAAUAUGAUGAAAAGCCGAAUGAUUCGACGAAACCUCUUAUAAUGGAUGACGAGAAACCACCAAUGCCUCCCCCAGAAUACACUAGAGCAUCCAGUGAAAGUUCAAGGUCAUCGGCAGACAAUAAAAAUGACAAUGAUAUGGGGGAGGAAUUAGAAAUGAACGAGCCUGACGUUCAUUCACCACUUUACCAACCACCUCCCCCAGUGCCUGCCUCGGGUGGCAACAAACAGCCACGCCCACAUGUCACGCCCGCCUACAAAAACCCAGCCCCAUAUGUGCCUCCAUAAGACCGACCAAUUCUCUCCAACAGAGAUUUAUAAUUGGUGUUUAAUGUUCUUAAUCAUAGUUCUACAAUUUGAAUGAAUGAUGUGCUUGGUAUGCAUGUAUAUGCAAAAGUUGGCUGGUAAUACUUACUUAGGGGAUUGGGACUAGUCCUAAGGUGUGUCUGUGAGGUCAUGUGAGGGGAUCGGAAUUCUGUGUCAGCUGCUGUCGUCACCAGGAUAUAUGCGCAUCACCAGGUCAUCACCACGUUUAUAUAUGUAACAAUUAGGCCUUACAUCAUAUUGUUUAACAUUACCGUGCUACCUGACCACACAUGCUGAUUGGGUGCGCUUAUCAAGACCAACAGAGACGCUUCCUAUGUGGUGCAGACUGUCAUUGCAUUCUAUACGUAACCUCAAACCCCGGACUCCAUGUGCGCGUACCUUACUGUGUUGGGCUGACGAUAUCGAUCAUGUGAUCUGUCUGUUUGUCUGUGCAACAUUUACCUCACCAGGACCCUGUCACCCCCCCCAAUGACAACAGUGGUGUAACCCAAGUCAGUGUACAGUCUAUUGCCACAGCUUAGGGGUGAGAGGUUUACCAACGUAAGUUCUAUAUUUAGAACGCAAUCAGUGAGGCUCUAGGGGAGCUGCACGACGUUGCAUUUUAUAUAAUGUUAAUACAGGUGUAGAUCGGGUUUGAUAGGUUGAUUGACAUACGUGUGGAUUGUGGAUGUGACAAUGAUACAGAUGUUAAUUGCGAUUGUUACGAUGAUGAUAAAAUGCGUGGAUUGCUAUUGAUGUGAUACAUGCGUGGAUUUCGAUUGAUGUGAUGAUGCUACCGGCGUGGAUUCCGACUAUUGUGAUGACGUUAGGGGUGUGGUCUUCGUUUACCAAGUCUUAAACAGUCAUUGGUGCUACAGUUAGUAAAGGACAGUCGUCAUGGUAACUGUGCUGGGUUGCCAAGGAAACUGGGCUAGUCGACACAUGGCAGAGAGUGCAGCUUUUGUUUUAAUUCAUGUAAUCAAACCUUUAACUAUUCAUUGAAGAAGCAUGAAGACCAGUGUGACUUAUCGUCCAGGGACCUUGUGACAUCGUGGACGAUACGUUGAAUGAUAAGUCUGACAUUAGAAGUCGUCGUCAAAUAUCAUGAUGAGCAUCUCCGCCACAGAAGACUACAUGUAGAUUUACUUUAUGGACAGAUGUGAACGGAGAGAAGUAGAUCUCGUGACCAAGUGGUCUAGAUGUUAUAUUUCUGGUGUUGUACCAGUAAAGUAACCCAUAGUGAUUUCACAAGGCCUAAGGUCAUAUCAUGAUAUAUUUCUAUUGUUUCAACUGCAUUUUAAUGAAAAUGAAACAAAGAAAUAUAUUAGCUUCUGUUGAUGUUCCUGGCUUUAAACAUUGAAUACGGUGAAAAAGAAAAAGGUUUUAUAUGUGUGUCAGUUUGUUUGAAUUAUUUCAAUGCAAUUUUGUGGAUUCUUUUUUUUUAUUUGUAUGGGUCACUUAACGUGAUUGAAAGAGGUUUUUUUGUAUAAAUAUAUGUUAAAAUUUGCCUGAAAAAAUAACCUUAGUUACAGCAUAUUGUAUUUAUAUCUUGUCACUAAAAGUCACUCAAAUGAGCGUUAAUUGGGGAAAUAAUCUAUUAUCAGUGCAGAACUCUUGUCUUAGGUCAAGGUCACACCUAUGUUCAAGCCAGAUAGGUGAAGGUCAUUGGUAAAAUUCUUGUGAUUUCAAAAUCACAAAUUAAUUCCAUGUCUUUCCCUGCUACAUAUAAUAUAGGGACAUUCCUUUACAAUGUGUCUAAUUGUCUGGCAUGCCAGGAGCUAAACCUGCGUUUACCAGAAUCCUGAGGCAGACUUGACUAAAUAGUUAUUUCUUCUUUGAUUCAAGUGCUAAUUAGAAUAUUGAUUAUUUAUUAGUAAUUAACCAAUCACCUUAAUCAAGUAUAAAUAUAUUUUCCUGGCGGAAGCUGUCAGAAUUUGAUAAUUGUUAUUUUAGAGUAUUUUGCCCAAGAGUAUUCAAACAGUAACUAUGGAUACCUGGCCAGGACCUGCAUUCAUGGAUACAUACGUUCUCAUGCUCAAUCCUGAAUUCUGUGCUCAAACCCAACUUUCUAGCUAAUAUCAUACGACACUCCCAAACAGUCAAGUCUUGCAUUGCAAACAGUACCUGGUUUGGAGUUUUUCCAACAUUAUCCAAGUCAUUUAGAAAUUUGGGUAUUGUAUUACAAGAAUAAGGAUUUGGGUUUGAGCGCAGAAUCUGAGUUUUUUAAGUACGAGAACUGUUUCAUGAACAGGUGUCCAAUUGUCAGGAUUAUGUUUCGAGUAAUUGUUUACUGUAGUUUUAGUAGUGGUAGUAAUAGUCAUCGUGUUUGAUGAAACUUUAAAUUUUGUAUGAAUAUUGUAGCUAUAUGAAACUCGCCUGCUGAUGACAAAGAACAUGUUCGGAUAAAAGGAUUUGUGUUGAAUGUCGAUUAGUUUUGUCCUCGUUAAUACUCAAGCUCUAAAUCACGGAGGGUGAGAUUUCCAAUGAUAUUGUUACAGUUGUUCUCUCGGAGAAAGGUUGUCAAAGUCAUAUGAGGCACUUAUUUAAUAUUGAUUAAAAUUUCUUGUUCUCAGAAAAUAAAUUCUUUUUAUUAAAAAUUCAUACAUCAACAUGUUAAAAUCUUGAUACUAAAAUAUUUUUUUCAAUGUUUUAUAUCAAGAAUUUAACUGGACUAUUCAACCAUUGUUUUGUGCUAGCAACAUUUGAGUUCUUUAUACAAGAAUUUGUUUAAUUAAAAAAAGAGCUUUCAGAUUUCAAAAAAUAGGUAAUGAAUAGUAAAAUGGUGCCUCAGAAUAUUGUUUAUAUCCAGUAAGGCUUUAGAUUGAAAAUAAACUGUCCACAAAAAAACUAUUUUUUUCAUUUGUUUCAUUCUUCCCCAUCAUCACAACACUGAUCAGUUUAAAUGGUGUUUGAAUCACUAUAUACCAGUUAUAUAUAAUCUGCUAGUUCUUCGCUAAUGAAAGGUACAGUAGUGGUCGUUGAAUCUCUAGAGAAAACCUUAAAGUGUUGUCGGAUAAAUAUAGAAGUGGCGAUUUACUCAUGCACCCCUGAAGACACAUUUGAACUCUUCCAAUUCAAAGGUUAGAAGAGUUCAUUUUGAAAUUUCAGGGGUAAAUGAGUUAAUUCAUUGCUACAUGUAUCUAUCAGUAUGUCGGCUUUUUAGUCUUCUGUGGAUUGAAUUUUAUUGAGAAUUAUAUUUGAAUGAGGAAACUGAUUGUUUGUAAUGCUGAAACCACUUAUGGCCUUAUAUUGUAGUAGGUUGGAAUAGUUUUGUUUCUCAACUCUGUUAGAAAUCUCGGGAUAGAGAGACACUUUUGUUUGGUUUGUGCGCCUCGGGGAGUGCAGUAGUGAACGGUUAUGUUUAACUACCACAGGAAGGGGUUGUAUUUGGUCGCAUUUAAACUUGGAGGUGUCCGGGCUGGUGGUUAUUUCAUCCUAUUUAUUGACAUUGAGUGUAGCAUGUUAACGAAGAAUGGAAGCAUUUGAGUGAUGAUCGUUUUCAAUAUGAUUUUUUUUUUUUUUUUUUUUUCCAAUUCAAACCUAGUCAAAAUGUUUGAAUUCAAUUAUUAACAUCCAUCACAAUACAUAAUGGAAGGUUUUACGAUAUGUAGUGGGGACAAAUUAGAAUUCAUUUUCUCAUUCUUUGCUUGCUGCAGCCAAAACCUUGGUUAAUUAUGCAUAUUAUUAAAACAAGACACAUUCGGGAAAUCAUUUGGAGUUGAUAUGAGCUGAUUAUUUACGAAUGAAAGAUUGAACUGAGAGUGCUAUAUAACUGUACAUCUAGUGACUGUAGACUCUUGAAUGUAUAAAUGAAACUGUAUCAAGAAACUGUAAUAUAUUGAAAAUAUGAUCAUUCUGAAAAGUCAUUCUGUGUUGUCAAAACUGUACAUAAAACAUUGAGCCUUAUUUGUUGGGAAUUUUUUCCAUAGUGACAGUGAAAUAUGUCGGGCAUGCAGGCUGCAGUUUAAGAGUAACUUUCAUUUUACAUAUACACAUUUUCACUGCUAAAUGUGUCUUGCAUAUAGUUGGCAAAGAGUUAUUACUUACUUUCAUUUUCCAUGAGCAUUACACUAAAUCACCAUUACUAUUGGCACAUCAGUCUAUAUAAAGUUUCUUUAGAGAUAUACUUUUGUUCUACAUGUACAUCACAUUACAUAACCAUCAGGCUAUAUGAAGCCUGCAUGACGUUACUUUCAUUUUACAUACACUACAUCACCAUUGCCAGGUACAUCUGGCUAAAUCAAGUGUGCAAGGAGUUACUUUCAUUUUACAUGUACAAUACACAACAUCACCAUUGCUCUGUUGCUCAUAUAUGACUGUGUAUGCCCCUAUAUAAACCACAUUAUUCCAAGUACAAUGCCCGGGGGGUCUGGGAGGGGAGUUCUAUCUUUGUAUAGUCUUUAUGUUGUCAUCAUCAAGCUAGAAUGUUUCAUUUAUUUCUUACGUUUUUGUGUAUUUGUUCUGUUUGUCCUGAACUUGAGGUCGCUUUUCAAAUUCUAUAAACCAUGAGCAACUAAAUCAUUUAAACAGGAAAACUUUAAAAAAAAAAAAGAGCAGUCAUGUUUUAAGUUCAUGAUGGCCACUGAUUUGAUGCUUUACUUUGUAGUCACCAAGUGUUCUGUAAGAAAUAUCCCUAAUUUAGACUUUGAGCAUGUGAAUUUCUACAAAAGUUUUCAUUAAUCAUAUUUUCUUGAACUUGAAAGAUGACUUGCGCAUGUCAUGGUAAAAUGUCAGCAGAUAGCUAAUAUUGACAACAAUAUGACCGCCUCUCUGUAAUGUAGGCCCAGUGUCAGUGAUAUGAUAGAGGGAAAGUUUAACUAGUAUUUAUUUACUUAUUCAUUUAUAUAUAUACACACCAUGUAAGUUACUAUACAUAUAUAAUACACAUAUAUGUGCCAUGCCAAAACAAUUCAAAUUCUUUGUAAACUCAUUUGUCUGAAAUUUGUAAAAGAUUUUUUUCUUUUUGCAAAAAGGCCCUGCCCUGCAUAACAGCUUUCAUCUUAAUUAGAUGAAUGUAAAUGGAGAAAAAUCUGGAAACAUAAAUUAUCUCCAGUUUUUGAGGUCACAUAGAAGUUUAUUUUUAAAACAUCAAUGGAAAACCAUGAGUUUUCUUAGUAAUUUGACAAAUAUCUAAUUUAAGAUGAAAGGUAUCGUCUAGUUGGAAUAUGUUAUUGUAGUCAACAACCAUUAUAAUUUUUUUUUUUAAUUCUACAGAAGUUUUCGAUAAAAAAUCACAAAUCUCAAUGCUUUUUACAGACUUAUAGUCGGAAUAGUUAUUAAAGCAAUGCAUCAAAUGAAAGAUGAUACACCUUAACAAGGGAAGUAACUCUGAUCCAGGAUUUAGUAAAGAAGGGAGAUAAUUUGAUUUCUGCAAAUCAGGAAAAAAAAGGACUCGGAAACAGAACCCGGCUUCAACAUUAUAGCCGCUACAUUGGUACCGUUUACCUUAAGAUGUGACAUUUUUAAAUCUUUCAGUCUGACUAAGAUAAACCUAUGUUAAUUUUUAUGUUAGAUUAAUAUUUGGUAUUCCAUUAAACACUAAAAGGCCAAUAAGGAUACAGUAAACUAUACUAACCAAUCGUAUUAUUUGUAUACAUAAUACUUCAGACAUAAAUAUAUAUGAAUAUCGUAUUGCCAGUAUUUUUGACAAGGCUACGAUACUUCGACCAAUUGGUACCAUCAUAUGUUCAGUGAUUGAGAAACUUGCUACAAGUGUAGUUGGACUUAAGGAUGUAUACAACCUUGCUGUGAUAUAAUCUCUUACCCAGAAGAUCUCCACUCUAGAUAUUAAGGGGGGGGGGGGUAAUCAAGAAGUUAAGGGAGGUAACUCUUAACAAAAAUCACAGAAAUAAUUUGUUCAGGUUGCUAACAUGUAUCCUUUAGUUGGGGAAAAGAUGAUAAAUUAUCGGUAUCUGUAGCAAGUUUAUCAAUUUGUGAUACAUAACAAUCUGUUUGAUGGUAUUUUUUCCAGUUUGGGAUCUCGAGAUUGAAAAUAAGAUUUUUUAUGUCAAAAAUAACCAAAAUUUUAGUUUGGAUUUUAUUAUUUUUAUAUACAUAUAUAACCCUAUACAUAGUUCAUCUCUUCAAUUCACUGUUGAUAAACAAUGUUAAAAAUAUGUGUCUGCUAAAUCACGACCAAUUGAUAAAAAAUAAACUUCUUCAGUUUCAGUCAUAUUUUUGAAAAGAAAACACUGUUGCUAAGAAUUCAGUGAAAAUAAUUUGGUUUAUUGUGAUUUUUUGCAUGUUAGUCUUGUUUGUGAUUACAUACCAGUAUGUAUCUUUCAUUUUUAAUAUCGAAAAUUAUAUAAUUUGUAUUUUAGUAUUGGAAGUUCAAAAAAGUACUGUUGACACAAAUACCAAAUGAAAUCGGCAUUUCUGUUGAAUUCCGCUUUAUUUUUGUGGGUGACAGGCGGUGACGUAUGUCACUCCAGAUUUGUACUGGACCAGGAGUCCAGCAUGAGGUCACGUUUUCAGUUGUAUAUGUUAAUUGCUAUUGAGAUGAUAUUUCAAUAAACAACAAAUUUGAUGA